CCCAAAACCAAAACAAAACCAACAAGAAAUUCUACAAAGUCGUAAAGUAAUUCAUUUAUUAUAGCAGCGAUUUGCUAACGAAAUUAGUGCAACUAAUAUUUAGUUUUUAUGUGCGAAACCAACAAAACAAGCGCAUAAUAACAUAAAGAACCAGUUCGGGAACCAGUGCCAGCAGAACGCCAUGGACGAAAUGCCAGAUUUGUCGCAUUUGACGCCGCACGAGCGCAUGCAAAUUGAAAAUGUGCUCAUGCGGCAGAAGCAGGAGGAGGAGAAGCAAAAUGAGAUAAUGCGACGCAAACAGGACGAAGUCGUUACGCUGGAGAUGCAAAUCAGACAGCGAUCCGAGCAGCAGAAGAAGGCCGGCGUCGAGCUGGAUGCCACCUGUCACAUAUGCCUUAAGACCAAGUUUGCCGAUGGCGUUGGCCACAUUUGCCAUUAUUGCAACAUACGCUGCUGCGCCCGCUGCGGCGGCAAAGUAACGCUGCGCAGCAACAAGGUGAUCUGGGUGUGUAUCCUGUGCCGCAAGAAGCAGGAGCUGCUCUCCAAAACGGGCCAGUGGAUAAACAAGACGGCGGUGCAGCAAGAUGGUUUCAUACGGCGCAUCGAACCCGACGGCAGCAGCGACAUCUCGCAGCAGGCCAUUGUCGAUCCACGCGAUUCGACGGACAAGCGGCCGAAGCUGGAGCGCACGCGCAGUGCUGCCGAGAAGGAGAACCUGCCCAUGCAGCGGGCUGGCAGCAUGCUGCGUCGCCAAUAUUCGCAGCAGGAGCAGCCAACGAAUCGUCGCCUCUCCGUCUCCGACAGCGGCAUGGAGCCGCUGAGUCCUGGGCAACAGCAGAUGCAGCAACAGCAGCUGCCACAGCGCCAGCGCAUGCAGCCCAUGAAUCCGCAGCAGGCGCAACAAUAUCAACUCCAGCAGCAACAACUGCAGCAGCAGCAGCAACAACAACUGGGCUACGGACAGCAGCAGCAUCCACAGAGAUCGGGCGCCUAUCCAGAGGAUGAUCCGCGUUACUAUCAGGGCGAGCUGGAUGGUCUGAUGCGACAACAUCCACACCUGGCACAUCCGAGCCAGGUGCAGCAGCAGCCACAGCAGCAACAGCAGCAACAGCAGCAGCAGCAGCAGUCGCAACAGCAACAACCACAGCAACAUUUAAUGCCGCAGCAGCAGCGAUUCAAUGCACGCCAGCAACAUAUGCAACAGCAGCAGCAGCAGCAACAUCAGCAGCAACAGCUACAGCAGCCACAGCAGCAGCAGCAGCAACAGCAGCGAAUGCUUCAACAGCAGCAACCGUAUCAAGGAUCCUCGACACACGCGCAGAUUCAUUCGCAGCCAGCGCAACUGGGUGGGGGCAGUGGCUACCAGAAGGCGCCACCGCUGACGCGCAACCUGACGAUCAGUGGGGGCCACGCCAUGGAUGCCACCACCUACAAUCAGCAGCAGCAGCAGCAACAGCAGCGGCGCUCCUUGGCUGGCGCACAGUACGCCUCACAGCAGCAGCGAUCCUUCAGUAGCUCCGAGGAGGAGUUCCAGAGCCAUCUAAUGGCCGCGCAGGCGCAGGCGCARGUGCAAGGACAUACCGUUACAGCUGGCAGCGAUUACGACGGCGGGCGUCUCCAAGUGCGCACGGAUCCUUGGCGACAGCAGCGCAGCCUCAACGAGCGCGAUCUACUGACAGUAGGCUCGAGCGACUAUCGGCUGCUGGGCCACACGAAUCAGCGGCUGUACGCCUCGGCGGAUCAGCGGGAUCGGUAUGAGCUGCAGCUGCAGCAUCGCGAGCGCCUGGAACAGUAUCCGCUGACGAGGACCGCUCGACUGGACGUGCAGCAGCGCAACUCGCUUAAUCGCAGCAAUCACGAGCGAGCGACUGGAGCUGGUGGGGCUGGUGGUGCAGUUGGUGCAGGUGGAGCAACUGGUGCUGCCUUUCGUCGGGCACCGCCCUUGGCCGCAGCCAGCGGCUGCGCUGGUGGCAGCAGCAGCAGCAGCACCAGCAGCAGCUACUAUCCACAGAGCUACAGCAAGCCGCAGAUUGUCAUUGGAUCAGGCUCGGCCUAUGAGCGUGGCGCGAUGUCGGCAGCUGCUGACGGCGUGCGAGGCAGCCUGAGCCGAGAGCGCGGCCUGCUUGGCGCUGGUGGUGGUGGCGGCGGUGGCGGCAGCAGCUCCCUCAGCUCCACGGAGGCCGCCUACUGGGAUGAGCCAGCCACCAGUGGUGGUGGCGGCGGCGGCAGCACAUCAUCGUCGUCGGCGGCGCAGGACUCGCGCCGCUUCACCGAGCGCAGAAUAAAGAAAACUGUGCGUUUCGAUGCACACGAUGACGAGUCGUCGCUCCUGGUGGCCCCGGGCACAGGCAGUGGCUCCUUGCCACCAGUCACCGCCAUACUGCCCUCGACGGCUGUGGAUGUGGGCACGGCGACUCUGCUGACCAGCACGAAGCUGGCGCAGCCGCUGGACGGCGACUGGUCGCGCUGGGAAUCCGAGCGGCAGGGCAGCCAGGACUCGGCCACUAAAGACUCGGGCAUUGAUACGAGCAGCACCUUUACCAGCAGCGAGGACUCGAACCGCGGCGACGGCCCCAAGAAUCCGGUGAAUUGGCAAACAUCCGCGGAUAAUACCCGCAUGAUUGGUCACAUGAUAUUACGUAAAUACUAUGAUGGGGAAGAUAUAUUAGGCUUAAAGGUGAACGGCGGCCAGCCCGUGGGUCUCGGAGGCCCAUGCAGAGCCAUUGUGGAGAAGGUGAAACGCGGUUCGGUGGCCGACGUCGAAGGCUGCAUACGACCAGGCGACGAGAUCAUCGAGUGGAACGGACGCAGCCUGCACAGCAAGAGCGCGGACGAGGUCUACGACAUCAUCGACGAGAGUCGUCUGGAUGCACAGGUGGAAUUGAUUGUGGGUCGAUCGCUGCUGCUGCCAUCCAGUGGCGCCGGCAGCGUCGACAGCGGCGGCAGCAGCAACGUCAGCCCCAGCAGCGCAUGCUCUGGCUCGGGCAGCAGCGUCACCCGACGCUCCUCGGCCAACUUUCCGCACAGUGGGCUGGCGAGCAGCAUGGCAGCCAGCGCAGUGGUCAGCAGCGGAGGGCGUUACCUGCAGCGUAAAGCACCCGGCGUUGAGGCUCUAGAGCUGCACCGCGAUAAGCCGAGCGUGCUGAUCACCUCGCCCGGCUCUCCGGAUCUCCACACCGGCGGCUCGAACAACGGACUGCGUCAUCGUGGCGCUGGCAUUGGUAGCUGCUCGCAGCAGUCGCAGCGCUUGGAGGCCAGCAGCCAUAACCACAGCCAUAGCCACAGCUACAGCAGCCACAGCCACAGCAGCAGCGGCAGCGGCAGCAACAGCGGCAGCAGCAGCAACAGCAGCGCCACCGUCGCCGCCUCGGGCGGCGUGCACAACGCAACGACGGCGGGCCACCAUCAUCAUUGUCACACGACAGCGGCAUCACCGCCAUCGCACGCGCUUCCGCAUCCGCAUCCCCACCCGCACUCGCACUCGCACUCACACGCCCACGCCCACUCGCACCAUGGGCAUGGCAUGGGCGUGACAACACAGCCGAUUCCCAUCGAGGGCCGGCUGCAACUGAAGCUCGGCUACGAUCAGACCACUCUGCAGCUGAUCGUGACGCUGGUUUGCGCCACGGGUCUGUCGCUGCGUCAGAGCGGCGCCGGGCGCAAUCCCUAUGCGAAGGUGUUCCUGCUGCCCGAUCGCAGCCAGAAGUCUAAACGACGCACGAAAACCGUUGGCACCACCUGCGAACCGAGGUGGGGCCAAACGUUUUUCUACUCCGGUCUGCGCCGCAGCGAUCUCAAUGGUCGCCAGCUUGAGGUCACGCUGUGGGAUUAUGUGCGCUAUGGGGCCAACGACUUUAUUGGUGAGGUGGUCAUUGACUUGGCCCAUCAUGUGCUGGACGACGAGGCCGAGUGGUACCAGCUGCAACCGCAUCAGGAUAGCUCCCAUCUCUUACGUGACGAGGGCAGCGAUGUGGAGUGCCUGAUACUGACACCGACAGAUCAUUUAUCACCGCCCAGCACGAUGUCGCGUCUGAGCGACUCGGACACGACGUCCGAGUGCGACAUCGAUGGAACGACGCCCGGUGCCAGCAUCUCAUCGAUGGGCAGCUCUGCCAGCCCGCCGCUGUUCGAGCUCGAUCUAAACGAGCGUCGCUCCAGACGUGACAUGUCGCCCCAGGGCCGCAAACGGGUGGCCGGGAUGAUGGCCAGAGAUUAUCGCACAGUAUCUGGCAUUGGACAAAGUUAUCACAAUCAGGUUUGCUGCUCAAGUUAUAACAAAUUUAUUACCAAACUUACAAAUUCUAUCUUACUUUCCUCGAAGGUGCCACAAACCUCUCGCAGCGCCAUGUUGCGCGAUCGAUUGGGUCAGGACUUUGACGAGCGGCUGGCAUCGGGCAGCCGCUUUGGCCGUCAUCGCACACGGCAGCCGCACCAUCAGGCGACAUAUCGCAGCACCGGCAUGGGUGGCUGGGAGCGACACUACACAGGACUUUCGGAUAGUGAUCUGCAGUCGAUGGACACGCGGAUGCGGCCAAGGCAUUCCCUGUCACCGGACAAGGACUUUAUGGGCGAGUUUGGUGACUCGGACAUGGAGUCGGUGGUCAGUGUGACGUCGAGUGCGUUUUCCACGCAGUCGGAGCGACCGCGCACCUCGCGCGGCCUCAGCUCCACAACAGCACCGCCAGCGUCUGCCCACGACCACGCCCACACGGUCUCCUCCUCGCCCAGCUCCUACGUGGGCUACGUACGCGAUCACCUGGACAAGAGCUGCAGCCACUGCCAGAACGGUAGCCAGCCGGUAGUGCUAUCCACAAACACAGCCCUGGCGACGCCGGGCCUGGCAAUUGGCGCCUGCGCCGAUCCCUGUUGCCUGGCCGAUGCGCAUCCCCAUCCGCAGCAUAAGCCCAUUGCAUAUCCCUAUAGCGCGGAGCAGCUGCUGCGUCGCCCCUCCCUCUCCAUGUAUCAGCCGGCAAGCACCUCAGAGCCCUCGCUGCCCACCAUGGACCCGGAUCCCAUGUGCGGCGAGUGCGUUGAUCAGCAUUUCCUGGGCGGCCUGAUCGGGCCGCAGCUCAAUCUGGGCGUGGUGCCCACCUACCAUGUGCACACGCCAACGCCGACAGCUCAUCGGCGAGCGAAUUCGCAGCUGGCACCGCCUCCACCACUGCCCACGCAAUCCGUGCUGCGACUCUCGCGACAGCUUAGCGAGGAUGCCCUAGUCUCAGCGGUGCCCAUAGCGGAGGCGACGGCACGGGCUCAACCCACAUCGAUUCUGAAGAAGCCCAAGCUGGACCGACGUCGCAUGUUUCACGAAGGCCAGUCGCGCUCCCUGGACUACGAUGAUUUGCAUACGAAGAGCUGGGGCAGGCGGCGCAUACGUUACGAGGACGAGGUGGCACCACAUGAGCUGAUGCCGCACGCCUAUCACCCCAGUGAGGAGCAGUUGCCCAGCAGUCGCCGCUACGGCUCCGAGACGAACAUACGGCAGUCGUAUAUGGGCGCCAAUGUGGAUGCCGCCAAUCCGCUGAGUCACUCGCAUUUCCUGGUCACCGACGACAAGAUCGUGACCAUCACCUACGACUCGGAUGUGGGCUGGACCCGACGCGGCGUGGCGCCCUCCCUCUUCCGCGGUCCACACCGUCGCGGUGUCGACGCUCGCAAUCACAUGUCCCUCGAUCUGCAGCGCACCAGCCAGCAGAAGCUCUACGGACCCGCUGCGCCCUACAUGAAGCGACGUCGCAAUCUUCCGCAUCCGCCUAGUGCGCAAAACGCACACAACUUCUCGCCCAUGGAGGCGAUCGGUGGUGGUGUUGGUGGGGGCGGUGCACAGAACAGUGGUACAUACAACAGUAACAAUCACAACAGUAGCCACUACACCAAUCACAAUAGCCACGCAGCGAGUAGUGUUAGUAGUGUUAGUCAAUUUCACAACAACCAACAACAACAACCACAACAACAACAACAACCACAAUCAAUUAGGCAAAAAGGGAAAGAAGGCAUCAUCGCCGUAAACGGAUUGUUGGCAUCGGCAUCGGAACAAUUGACGAAAUCUAGUGGUGGGAGCGGUGGUGCAACAUCUGCCGCAGCUGCCGCUGCCGCUACUGGUAAUAUCGUCUGCGAUGGUAAUAAUGCUAAUAAUGCUUCUUCUUCCUCUUUUGCAAAUCCCCCACAACAACAACAACAACAACAUCAUGGUGUCGCUAAUCAACCAAUAACAACAACAAACGCAUCACCCAAUAAACGUGCCCCAUCAUCAAUACACAAUACCACUACAACAACAACAACAACAACAACAACAAACGACGCCAACAACUUGACCCAUGACGCAACAUCAACCAAUCUCACACAACAACAACAACAACAACAACCACCAAAUACAUGCACAAAUCUCAUCACAAAUGCAACAACAAACACAUCGUCGAUUGAUGCGGCAACAACAACAACAACAACGACGACGACAACGAUAACAACCGCAACGACUGCUACAACAACUGCCACAAAUACAAAUACAAAUAACACGAAUGAACCAAACGCAACAACAACAACAACAACAAACGCCAAUACGAAUGCCAAUACGAAUGCGGAUGCGGAUGCGGACGCGGAUGCACCUAUCGAUGUUAUCGAUUGGGAUGCAAUCGAUGCGAUGCUCGACGACGAUUUCAGUGAGUACGACAAGGAGAAGAACGGUGCCAACGAGCCGAGUGGUGCCAAGUCAGCCGACGGCGGCGGCGGAACUGAGGAGAAAGCCGAUGGCAGCCUGUCAGACACCACAACGGAUCGAAAAAAAUGCGGCAACGUGGAUCAGGAACGAUCACCCAAAGGCGGCAGCGGGAUGGGUAAAAAAUCCAACUCGACGUCGCAACUGUCGGCAACAGACCAAUAUCAGGCUCAGUAUUUGGGCAGCUCGAGCGCGAGCGGCUCCUCCACUAGUCACCAUCAUAUCACACUACCACCACCACAUCCAUAUUAUCAAAGGCAGUCGCGCGGCUCGGCGGGCAGCAUCCAGCGGUCUGUGGAGGUGCCGCCGGUGCCAGCGGUCACCCGCUACAGUGCGGGCAGCAUACAUUCGAUCUCUAGCUCCGAGGGCUCAUCAUUUUCACCAUCAUUACGCAAUGAUGGAGCCCUGAAUGAGUUUGUGGAUGGCCUCGGCCCGGGUCAAUUGGUUGGUCGUCAGGUGCUCGGCGCCCCCUCACUAGGUGACAUACAGCUGUCGCUGUGCCAUCAGAAGGGCUUUCUCGAGGUUGAGGUGAUACGAGCCAGGGGCUUGCAGCAAAAGCCGUCGUCGAAGAUGUUGCCCGCGCCCUAUGUGAAAGUUUAUCUGGUGUCGGGCAAGCGGUGCAUUGACAAGAUGAAAACCUCAACGGCUCGUCGCACGCUGGAUCCGCUCUAUCAGCAGCAAUUGGUAUUCAAGCAGUCGUACAGCGGUUGCGUCUUGCAGGUGACCGUUUGGGGCGACUACGGCCGGAUUGAAAAGAAAGUGUUUAUGGGUGUGGCGCAGAUAAUGCUCGACGAUCUGAAUCUCUCGAAUAUCGUUAUCGGCUGGUACAAGCUCUUCGGCACCACCUCACUGGUCAGUUGUCCCACUAAUAUAGGUUUAGGCUCUAGGCGCUCAUCAAUAGCCUCACUCGACUCACUCAAACUCUAAACUACUAAAACUCAAUUCAACUCAACUCAACUCAAACUUAACUCAACU